UUCCGUGCUCUCCGAACUUGCGUGAGAACACGCCGAGGCGGUAAGGCAGAGCCUGUUUUGAAAAAGAAGCAGGGCGACUUGAUCGACGAGGUGGCUGUUCUGUUCGCAUACCCACGCAGAUACUCGUUGAAGGCAGAGGGCGAGACGGUCGUGGCGAAGCUCACGCAUAGUGAAUAUGUCACACUUUGUACACGCAUGUCGUUCCGGCAGCGAUCCAGGUACAAGCACAUGUUGAAGAGCUCUAAAAUGCUCGAAAUGAUGGAAGAUGAGGCCCUGGAGAAGCUUUGCGACUCCUUUAGCAUUCGCAGGUACGAACCAGGCGAAAACAUCAUCACACAGGGAGAACAAGGCUCCGAGUUCUUCUUGAUCUCCAGCGGAACUUGCCGCGUGUGGGUGAAAAACGGUGAUGAUGAGCAGGAGUAUGUCCGGCUCCACGCGGGGAACCUCUUCGGGGAGCGUGCCCUGUUGAAGAACGAGCCGCGCGCAGCGUCUGUGACUUCAGUGACUCGUGUUGAAGUCCUUGUGCUCAGUCGGGGCAAGUUCGAGCGUCUGCUGGGUUCCAUGAACGACUUGCAGCAGCAGCAAUAUCUGACAGAUCCCCGAAAGCUCAUCGCCGACUUUUACCAGGUUGGCGACAGCCGUGGUCCAAGAGGUUCUUUGGAUGCUCACAAGCUCGAAGGAACUGUCGGCUCCGAGACUUCCUGGUUCGCAGUGUAUCGGCCAACGAGCAAGGAUGCCAUUGCAAAGAUGCUGUCCGGCUCCGCGGUAGGAAAGGGCUUGAAUGUCAAGGGGAAGUCGGCCAAGAAAGGCGUUCUCUCUGGCCUCGUUCCUUUUGUGCAGAUCAGCGAGAACGAGCACAAGAAGGUCAUUGAGGAGUCCCCGGCAGAUUCGCGAGUUGUAGUGUACUACAAGUCCAAGGCUGCCAGAGAGGAGGCUCGCAAGGUACUGCAAGCAGUUCUCUCGGAGACCGUUUCGACAGUCAAAAUCGAAGACCGGUCUCUCAAAGACGAGGACUCAUAUAAGCCAGAUGUGUGGGGCAUUGACAUGCCCGAGCCUCUGAUGCGAGAGGCCUACAUCAUGCAGAGGGACAUAUCUCCAGUCAUGGGCUGGGAAACAGGUCGCAGAUCUGAACCCGCCUUUAUGGACAUGAAUUUGCAUGCGAUCAGAGGGAAGUCUGACCCGCAGGUUGUUCUCUACCAGAACGACGAGAGCGAAGUCAUGAAUCCACGCGGCUUGCUGAUAGCCUACGCAGAAGCGUUCGUGAAGCCAGUCGUGUCGGAUUUCGACACCUUUACUGUCGGCUCCAUGAAUAUGGUGUACGAGUCGUUGCCUGCUGAGCAGGCAGAGCUGAUCAACUGGCUGCUCGGGCACACCCAGGACAUUCUCGGGUCUUUGGAUCAUCAAUCCUGGAAUUCCCGGUGGCUGGAAGUGCUUGCCAAGGAAAAUGAGCGGGGAUUCCACCCUGCGAUUCCAAAGUUUGGCUUUGGUGACCCAACCUCGUAUCGCUUGAUUCAAGAUGUGAUUGCGGAAACCGCGCCGUGCGGAGCCGUGCGACACGGUGCCGAGUGCUGCAAUUUGUACUUUCCACAGGAGCUUGAUGAUGAGUAUCUCAUCGUAUGGCAGGGCUUCGAGGGCAAGCCGUGGGAUUACACCACCGAGGCUGGUCUUCGAGACUUCCUCAUCAACAGGGUUCAUGAUGGCUUCGUCUUUCCGCUGAAUCCGGUCUGGCCCGUCAGGGACAAAGGGUGGUGGGAGAUCCUGGAAGCCAUGCUCGCGCAACCUGCUGCAAAGCUCCUCAUCCAAAACCGGGGAGCUAAUCAAUGCCGAAAUUCUGGGCUGCAGCAUAUUCCCCAGUAUAUAUUGGGGAUAAUACAGGGAGAAAAGGACAUGGAAACUACAGGGAUUGCAGGGUUUUAUAGGGGUUAUAUAGGGUUUAUAGGGUAUAUAUUGGGGAUUAUAUAG